GCAGUUUAAUUUAGUAUUGCAUAGUAGUGAUUUAUACACGUAUAUUUAGCAAUCAAAUAUUUGUGAAGCUAAAACUCAACAGUUAAAAUAUGCAGAGUUGAAAGAACAAUAUUAUGGUAUAUGACCUUUUGGGGAUUUGGAAUGAAUUUCAUGCUACGAAUGAAUCUCAAUAUAGCAAUAGUGUCUAUGGUUCGACCAACUGUGAAAGGCGGAUUGAAAAGCGAAUAUUAUGAAAAUCGUAGUGCUUUGCAGAAUACUUCAUACCUAAUGGACACUAAUAUUGAUAACGACAAAUAUUUCGAAUGGGAUGAACACCAACAAAAUAUGGCUAAGGGAUCAUUUUUUUGGUUACAUAUGGUAUUGCAAAUUCCUGGUGGUUUAUUAGCACAAAAAUUUGGUGCUAAAUCCAUAUUUGGUUACAGUAACGGUUUAGUUGCUCUACUUACUUGCGCGAUACCUUUAUCGGCCAAAUUAAAUUUCAAAGCUUUGAUUUUAAUACGAAUUUUUCAAGGCCUUGUAGCUGGAUUAGCGUGGCCAUCAAUGCAGGCGAUGACGGGUAAAUGGAUACCACCUCACGAAAGAAGCCGUUUCGUGUCAGCAUAUUUAGGUACAUCUGUUGGGACGGCUGUAACUUAUAUAGUAUGUGGUUAUUUAAUGGAUUGGUUGGGUUGGGAGAGUGUAUUUUACAUUACGGGAUCAAUUGGUUUGCUAUGGAAUUUAUGUUGGACUUUUCUUAUAUAUGAUUCACCAAGAACGCAUCCAACUAUAACUGAGAAAGAACUAAAAUACAUAGAAAAUAGUCUAGGCAACUCUAUCGUCAAAAAUGUACCCUCUUCAACUCCUUGGAAAUCGAUUUUGACGUCUUUGCCUUUAAUAGUGAACAUUAUAUCACAAAUAGGUUAUAAUUGGGGAAUGUACACAAUAUCUCUCCAAGCACCAACAUAUUUUAAAUUUGUGUUGGGUUUCAAUUUGAGACAGACAGGUAUUUGGUCUGGUGUACCACAUUUGUUUCUAUGGCCAUUUGCAUUUAGUUUUGGUUGUUUAUGUGAUCAUUUAAUUCAAGCUAAUAUUAUGUCCAUAACGAACGUUCGCAAAUUUGCUUGCGUUUUCAGCAAUAUAGUCCAUGGUCUGUUUAUAUUGACGUUUGCAUAUUCUGGAUGUAACGAAAUCUUUGUCAUAAUUAAUUUGGUGUGUGCCGUGGUCGUAAGUGGUGCAAUUUCUUCGGGAGCAUUACCAGGAAUUGUGGAUCUAGCUCCAAAUUUUGCUGGAGUUUUGCAAGGCAUAAAUGGAACAAUUGUGAUAUUUUGCAUUAGUAUUUCACCAUAUAUUGUAGGAUUGAUCACAUUUCAACAGCAAACCAUAGAACAAUGGAAAAAAGUAUUCAUUGUAUCGGCGGCAUUUUGUUCAUUAACAGGAAUUGCAUUUUUAAUUUUUGGAAGUUCUAAAUUACAAAAAUGGAAUAACGAGGAACAAAAGGAUGUAAAGGAGAUUCAACCUAUAGUAUGACUGUGAGAAAUUAAAAAACUAAAACGCACUUCUUAAAGAAAUAUAUAUUGUUAGAUAUACUACAGAGACAUUUCAAUUCUAAUCACCUAAAUUAAUGUAAUUUUUAAAACGAUCAAUUAUAUUUCUAUAAUAUUUUUAAAGUAUAUGCAAAAAUUAUUUGUAUU